AUGAAGAAGGAGCAUGUGAUGUUGAUGCUAUGCACAAUUGUGAUAGCAUUCCCAUUGGUUCAAAGCGUUACUGAAGGGCCAAAAGCAGUGCAAACAUGGUUCAAGGAAGAACUCCCACUCAAAAAACAAAAGGUCACAAACCUACAUUUUUAUUUUCAUGACGCCCUAUCCGGGCCAGUUCAAACCGCAUAUCAAGUUUUCGAAUCAAACAUCACCUCAACCAGCAUCACAGGAUUUGGUCUAACCUUCAUGUUUGACCAACCUAUGACCGUUGGGCCGGACCCACAGUCCACGAGGAUUGGUAAGGGCCAAGGGUUUUCUGGCGCAGCAGCGUUGGAACAACCGGGGUUUCUUAUGAACAUGAACUUUGUGUUUACACAAGGGAAGUUCAAUGGUAGCAUUCUACAGGUAUUUGGUACAAACAUUAUCCGGAAUCAGUUUCGUGAAAUGUCUGUUGUUGGUGGUACUGGCGUUUUCCGACUAGCACGUGGUAUUGCCACUUUUCGUAAUGAGUCGUCGUCUACUAUUGAAUAUAAUAUUGUCGUGCUUCAUUAUUAA